AUGAAAGAGGGAAAUGUGGCGUUCGUUAAAAACAAGUGUAAAUUUACUAAUUGCUUCGUAACAAAUGACAGCGAAUACUUCUUGAACGAGUUGGAUUUCGAUGCUAUCGCUUUCAAUGGCCGAGACAUGCAUCUUAAAUUGUCUCAAAUGCCACAGCACCGAAACCCAAGACAAAAAUACAUUUUCGGUGCAAUGGAAUCAGCGGAUAACUUCCCAGUUUGCGACGAGCGCUUCGAUGAUUUUUUCAACUGGACGUGGACUUACAAACUCGACUCGGACUUUCGUUGGGGAUACAUAACAGUCUACGAUCUGAACGGUACUGUGGUCGGUCCCACAGUCGACAUGAAGUGGAAGAGUGAAAUGAAACCGAUCAGUAAAGAUUUGAAAGUGAAAUUGUUGAGCAAAACUAAAGCCGCGGCAUGGUUCGUGUCGCACUGCACGACAAAAAGUGGAAGAGAACACUUCGUUGACGAAGUUCAGAGGGAAUUAGAACCGUACGGCUGGAAGGUUGAUGUGUAUGGGCGGUGUGGCACAUUUGAGUGCCCUAAAUCAAGUAGUGAAUUCUGUAACGAUCUCAUUAAAAAGAAUUAUUUUUUUUACUUCUCCCUCGAGAACUCUUUUGCUGAAGAUUACGUGACUGAAAAACUUUUGAAUGCGUUGCAAAAUUACGCUGUUCCUGUCGUGUACGGUGCCGCUAAUUACUCCAGGUAUUUAUAA